AUGGGGAACAGGAAAGCAUACAAGAAGGAAUGUGGGAAUUUGCCAGCUAGGGUUCUGUGUAUCAGUCUGAUCCUCUCUCCCCAGGGUCACUUCCCUCCAAGGGCCAUUCAGAUCACACAGAAGAAGCCUUCCUGGAGGACAGAGCAUGAGAUCCAGGCCCUCUGCAAUGUUCUGCAGGUUCUGGAUAGCUACCGGAACUAUGAAGAGCCCCUACAGCUGCUUCUGGCCAAGGUCAUGCGCUUUGAACGGUUUGGUCGCAGGCGUGUGAUCGUCAAGAAAGGACAGAGGGGCAACAGUUUUUAUUUCAUCUACCUGGGCACAGUUGCAGUGACCGAAGAUGAGGACGGCAGUAGUGCCUUCCUAGACCCACAUCCAACAUUGCUGUACAAAGGAGGCUGUUUCGGAGAAAUGGGCCUUCUGAGUGCAGGAGUAAGGAGAGCCACUGUGGUCUGCAUGGAGGAAACAGAGUUCCUGGUUGUUGACCGUGAAGACUUCCUUGCCAAUAAACUAGAUGAUGAAAUUCAGAAGGAGUCUCAGUAUCGAUUUGGAUUUUUUAGGAGUUUGGAUCUAUUUAAAUCGUGGUCUGAUGAGAAACUCUGGCACCUCGUAACCCUGGGGAAGGUAGAGAAGUUCUCCCAUGGGCAACUGGUUUCAAAAGACUUUGUAGACUCAUCCUUCCUCAUGUUUAUCUGCAAGGUGAGAA